UUCUACGGUAACCGUAAGUAACUGUAUAACUAUUUCCUUUUGCAAGUGAAAUUUCAGUAUAUUGGCACACACCACCACAAAAUACUUUCUCAACUAAAAGAAAAACAGUCAACACACUACUCUCUUCUUCUUCUCAUUUUCUCUUCCUAUCAUUUCCAGUUCAGAUGACUGUAAACACAGAAGAAGAAACCGCCAAAAACCAUGACCAAGAUCAACAACCUAAUUACAACGAAGAAGAAUCAGCAAAACACAAACCCAGAAUUAUCUCAGACUCUGAAUCAAGUCUCUCACUUUCACCCCUCUCUAACCGUUCCUACAAAACACCAUCCCCUUCGGCCGAUCACUCUGCCUACUUCGAUCAAGCCCACGAGGCCCAUGAGUAUUCUUGGAUCGAGAACAUGCCCACUAAGCCCGCUUCGCCUCUGGCCCAGCCCAACCGCUCCUUUCCGGCUGAACCUCUGGUUGUGACCGAAGCAUUCGACCCAGAAGCUCAUGACGGCGUUGUAGUUUCCCCUGUUGAAGAAGAAAAUUCAGAACGAGAUGUCAGUAACGGUAACGGUAACGGAGAGGGAAAAGGAGGUGGGCUUGGUAGUUUUAAUCGGCGGAAGCUGAGGCCGGACUUGCCACCCGUUAAGAAGAGGAUGAAACAUGGGUUGGUGAAGAGGGUUUUGUUGGGGUUUAGGGUUUGUGGGUUUGUGUUCUGUUUGGUCUCAUUUUCUGUUAUGGCUGCUAAUAGGAAUCAAGGUUGGGCUUUUGAUUCUUUCUAUCGAUACAAGGAGUUAAGGUACUGCUUAGGAGUUAAUAUAUUGGGAUUUGCAUAUUCAGGGCUGCAAUUGUUUGAUCUGAUUUAUUUCAUAAGCACUGAGAAAAACUUGGUUCAACACAGAUUCCGAUGUUACUUUGAUUUCUUCAUGGAUCAGGUGCUCGCUUAUCUUCUAAUGUCGGCAUCUUCAUCGGCUUCUACUCGAGUAGAUGACUGGCAGUCCAACUGGGGGAAGGAUAAGUUCCCCGAUAUGGCCCGUGCCGCUGUUGGAGCUUCUUUUGCUGCUUUUGUUUCUCUUGCUUGGAGCUCUGUUAUCUCUGGCUACAUUCUCUGUACUAAAGCUUUGUAGUCACCACUCCCUGUGUUAUCGAUUACAAUAACUAUACAGUUUUCCUCUUAGCUAUCUAUACAGAUUACAGUACAUUAGAUUUGAAUGUGACGGAUUCUCAGAAUUGAUCUACUCCUUAAAGGAUAAUCUUUUCUUGUAUAGAAAUAAGGUUUCUCUAGUUGAACUCUGAGUUAAUGGACUUUGUAAAAUACCAUUGCUAUAGAUAUUUUUGAUAUCCUCUAUCGACGAAAA